GAAAAAUGGCUGAGAGUCAUAGUUUGAACUAUGAAGUAAGGGAGUUGAAACUGGGAACAAGUUUCACCAACAAUAAGGCAUCACAGUAUCAUACAAUUAAGUAUGAUUUCAAACCGGCCUCUGUGGACGUCAAUAAAAUGGCGACAGUUGACGUAGGCACCAAUAACCAGGUGACCGUAACUGUACCUCAUUUAGAUGGAGCUGGAGUUCCACAGACAGUAUUUAAAGGCAGUCAACGACCAUAUGCAAAAGAAUGUGUUUUAAUAAUAGACAGAGUUACCGGGGAAAUUACCCUAGAAAAACUUUCUAGCAAUAUUCAAGUUAAAAAGACUCGGCAGGAAACUAAUUCGAAACCCAGACCCCUAACUCCUGUGACAUCAGAUUUUACAAAUACGACUCAGAGGUCGACGUCUCGUACUCGUGUGGCUACAAACAGGAGAACUAAUACAGGGGCUAGCAGUGCUCACAAUAAUCAGAAUCGGUUUAACCAUGGAGCACCGAAAGCACAGAACAUGGUCCGGUCACCUCCUCGAGUUAAGACUUCACCGCCACAAGCUCCGUGGUCCGGAGGCGGUAACAGCACGCACGCGUCGCUGCCCAUGAUAGGGUUCGACGAUGGCCCCGCCCACUCCCCGCCGGCACAAGCCCCCGCGGCUCACGCCCCGCCCCCCGCGGUCCCGCCCCCACAUGUAGCCCCGCCCUCUCACGUGGCUCCGCCCGCGCACCUGGCCGCGCCACCGUCCCGCCACGCGCCGCCCCCGCCCGCUCCAGCACCCGCCCCCGCUGUGUCACGACAGGACGACAGCUCGUCUAGUUCGUCGAGCGACAGCGAUAGUGAUAGCGGUAGUGGUAGUGAUAGCGAUGACAACGAUUCCAGCGCGCACCACUCGCUUAGCAAUGGUGAGUGCAAUAGAGAGGCUCUGCCCAGCGACGUCCUCAACGAUGACCUUUGCCUCUCAGAGUCGGGCAGCGACUCCGACUGACCAACAAGACUUUCUGACCGGGAACUGUUACUGCUCGAGUACUUGAGACUUGGCAAUUGAAGUCACGACUGCCUUCUGUAUUUAAACUGAUAACAGACAGUAUUUUGUAUUCAAAUGUAACAGCAGUGUCAUUGUUCAAAACUGUCUAUGCUAAUUGUUUUUUUUUUCCUCCUUUGUUAAGUGUAUCGUCUAAUCUGUAUGCAGAACAUUAUUUGAAAUAUGAGUUUUAUUUACACUUGUACAAUCAAUUAUUGUAUGUUAGUUGCAGUGUUUAUUUGGUUUUCUUUUUUUUUUUUUUUGACAAAUUGUGCUAUCUUUAAUUUUUUUAUUGUUAGCUUCAUUUUUCGACAAUAAUCAGGCUGUUAAUUAAUAUUUAUAUAAUGUAUUUGAAGUCAAAAUAAUAAUUGAACUUGAUACGAGUUAAACUCGUAAGAUUUUGGAACUAAUAAAAUUUUAACACAUGUUUAAUUGUGAACAAGUUAUUUUUAUUUUAUUUUUUUAAUAUAAAAACCGAAAACGACAUUACAUUUUUCCUGUGUACGUGAAUCUUCGUAAAUAGAAGAAAACAGUCGUUUUACCAUCUUCAUCAAUUCUUGCCAUGUUUAAAGUAACAUUGGUAUUGAUUAUUUACUGCCAUAUCGUUAUAUAAAAUUCAUAUUUUAAAAUUUUUAAAGAAGUAAAAUUCGAAUUUAUAACUUUUUAAGUCACGUUUGAAAAUCGGAUCUAUUGUAAAUGAAAUGUCAUAAAAACUCGUAACAGCAUCAAACACAGUCGUCAUUUGUAAGUUUACUUGUACAUUGUAAAAUAGUUAUUGGGAUCGAAUUUAAAACUAUAUAUAAAAUAUAGGGCUAAUGAAAUACUCUUCGGCGUCAUGCUAAGCAAAAAAUAAAAUGUAUAUAUCGAUAAGAAACAAUAAUCUGUGAAAAUUAUAUCAAAUCUCAUCUAUGAUAAUGUAAAGAACUUAUUAUCGCUAGGAAUAAAGGCCGGGAAUAGUUGUAGAUUAUAUUGUAAUGUUUUUUUUUCUGACACACGAAAGUAAAACCUUUAAUUUUUUAUAUGGAAACAUUGUUGACAUCACUAACGUCACUUAAUACGUUAGUGUGCUAACUGACUUUUGAUACUUUGCUUAAAAAAACUAUAACAAUUAUUUCACAAAAAAAAAAAAAUUAAUGUUAAAAUCAAAUUUUAAAAUAACGCUAUUCAACAUUUACUCUAAAUUGAAAUAAAGUUUAAAUUUACAUUUUCAAGUAUCAAACUGAGUUAGUACUGAGUAUUUUUUAUUCUAUUUUUGGUCGAUUAGAGAUGUAUACUUUUUCUUUGACUUUCUAGAUCUUUCGGGUCCUACUUUUGUAUGUUAGACUAUAGUCGAUUUCUGAUUAUAUCGAUAAACUUAUCAAAACUUAGUAAAACUUACAAAUGUUAACGAUAUAGAAUUAAUUAGGUUAGUUAAGCGUGUAUCAUAUUGAAAAAUUAUUGUGCCUCGAGUGAAAUAUAGAUAUAUUUUUUAUUUUAUGCCAAUUUUUUAUCUAGAUUUAAGAUUAUAGCGCUCGGUAAACACCGAACGAUAUUAUACGUUUACGAGUCUGCAAUAAAUUAUUAUAUAAAAAUA